AGCAAAACUCCGUUCGAAAUGGCCAAACACUUUCCACUAUGACGUGCCGAGACUGAGAGGUAAGAGGAAAAGUUAGCAGCUUGUCCGCUCUCCUUCAAUCAACAACUCAUCCAAUGUCGGUCAAAUAUCUUCUUGCCCAGGCUUCCUGCCUGGCCGUCGUCCUAUCCCAAUUGACCUCCCCACUCAACAUCACGGUCUACCAGCCUGGCGUGCCUUUCGCACCGUCUCCGUUGCCUCCAUCUCACGCAAACAGCGAUGGAGAAGAGAUCGUGGCUCUGUUCCAAACCCUAGGCCGGACAACAAUCUGGAAAUCUAUAGCUAACAUCUCCCUGGAGGGGGAUUCCUACGAGCCCGAGGGGAUGGUUCGACUAGGCGCAGAUCGCUACAUUGUCAGCGCUGGCGAGUACAUACUUCCCACCAUUCCCUACGGCAAAACGAUCAACGGUACCGAUCGGACAGCUGGCGCUGGCUUCGCGCAUUUAAUCGUGUUCAACGGAAACGGCUCGCGCAUUGCCGAUGCUACCCUGACGCCUCUCGGAGCUCUUGAGUACCACAAUGGUGGAAUUGACUUUGAUGGCGAAUUCAUCUGGGGCGAUAUCGCACAGUACCGGCCCAAUAGUACGGCUUACAUCUACAAGACCGACCCGGAUACUUUGGCCCCUCAGCAGGUUCUGCACUACAACGAUCAUCUCGGCGGUGUGGUGCAUGACGUCGCCACGAACAGCGUCACAGCGUUGAAUUGGGGCAGUCGGAACGCGAGCACGUGGAAUCUGAACAAUGUGUCAAGUGACGCGGGCUCCUUCUCCCAGGCAGGAUUCACCGCGCCCGAGUCGACCGUCAGAAACCCGUCUUACUACGUCGACUACCAAGAUUGCAAAUUCCUCGGGCACUCUGCGCUCUACGACAAUCGAGCGGUGAUGCUGUGCGGCGGUGUGGCAACGCUUGGGUCAGGCCUUACAGCGUACAAUCUUGGUGGCAUAGCGAUUGUAGAUGUCGAGACGAUGACGCCGCUGGACGAGGUGCCCAUUGUGCUGCGAAGCGCGCUGGGCGUGCCUUUGACGCAGAAUCCGAUUGAGGCGAGCGUGGAGGAUGGCAAGUUGAGGCUGUACUUCAUCCCGGAUCAGCAUGUCUCGACGCUGUACAUAAUUGAAGCCCAACCGGAUAGUCCUUAUGAGUUCUAGUGUAGAUCAAUAGAAAGACGUGCUCAAAGCAAACAGUGGCACACAUAACCGUGGUACGUACCUCCGGCUCUUGCAUUCUGUGGUGAAGAGGCU